CACUCAAUCUAAAUAAACCUGUUUUUUUUUUCCGACGGAAAAAAAACCGUUAAAUGUCAUAUAAUUAUGAACAAACUCACUCAAAAUUGAUUCAUGGUUUGCACAAAACUUUGAACUGCCCGGAAAAAAACUCCUUAUUAAUCAUUUGAAAAAAGUCCACCAGUACAUACUCCAAGUUUCUUAUAUAUUGACUUAAUUUCGUGGAGCUAUGAUAAGCUUUCAUUUUCUAAAAACUUCAACUAUAAAUCGAAAUUACUUCCAAUAAACAUAAAUAUAUACAUCUAUCUCUGAAAUUAAUGCACUUUUGCUUUUGGUUUUCUAUGGAAUCUGCUCAAGAAUUGGCGCAACAAAACAGAGGCAAAGAUGAUCAUGAUUCAAGAUCAGGGGAGGACAAUUCCAUAGCCAACCAUAACAAUAGCAACAAUAAAAGGAACAACAUUUGCAAUUUUCACAUGCCAAAGCUCAAGCAUUAUAGCAAAUGGUUUCGAAUCACAUCUUACAUUAUCUUCCUCCUCGUCGGCCAAACAACCGCAACUCUCUUAGGAAGACUUUACUUUGACAAAGGUGGAAACAGCAAAUGGAUGGCUACCUUUGUGCAAUCUGCUGGCUUCCCCAUCCUCAUUCCCCUUAAAUUCUUCUUCUCCUCCUCAGCAGCCAGUAUUCGUCCUUCGCUCGCUCGACUCGCCUCCCUAUACUUGGCUUUCGGCCUCCUCUUAACCGGAGAUAACUUGAUGUACUCUUAUGGACUACUAUACCUCCCAGUCUCUACAUACUCCUUGUUAUGUGCCUCCCAAUUAGCCUUUAACGCGGUCACUUCCUUCUUCAUUAACAAGCAAAAAUUCACUGCCCUUGUGCUUAACUCGCUCGUGAUCCUCACUAUCGCGAUGUGCCUAUUAGCCAUCAAUGCUAGUAAUGAUGGUAACACGAGCAAUGAUAUCGCGAGGGGUAAGUAUGUCAUAGGGUUUUUAUGUACCCUUGGUGCAUCCGCGACAUAUUCUUUGUAUUUGUCUUUGACACAAUAUUCGUUCGAGAAGGUGAUUAAGGAUGAAUCUUUCAACACCAUUGUAUGUAUGCAACUUUAUCCUUCGUUUGUAGCGACUUGUGCUUGUGUUAUAGGGCUCUUUGGAAGCGGAGAAUGGAAAACAUUGAAUGAGGAGAUGAAGGGUUACAAAAUGGGGAGGGUGUCCUAUGUGAUGACAUUAGCUUUCACGGCUAUAAGUUGGCAAGUUUCUUCGGUGGGAUUGUUGGGGCUAAUUUUCGAGGUUUCUUCCUUGUUUUCUAAUGUAAUUAGCACCGUGAGUUUGCCUGUGGUUCCGGUUUUCGCAGUGGUGUUCUUCCAUGAUAAGAUGAAUGGAGUGAAGGUAAUCUCUUUGGUGCUUGCAAUUUGGGGAUUUGUUUCUUAUAUCUACCAGCAUUAUUUGGAUAAUACCAAGGUCAUAAAAGAGAAGGGGAAGGACAGUAUUGUAGCUGGUUCAGAAAUGUGUUGAUGGAGGAAAACAAAAGAAUAUGGGAAUGAAAUUCUUGGAACUAGCUUGGAUUUUUAGGAUUUUUGUUUACUUGAAGAACUGCCUCAAGCAAGCAAGUAUAACUUCAGAUCAGUAAGCUUUAUCUUGAAUGCAAUAAUUUCAGAUUUGUAUGUCUAAAAAAGCUAACAAUAACAACAAUAAAUUGUAAAUCCCACGAAUUAGAAAUUGUUGAUUCCAAAUAUAGGGCAAACUGCCAAGAAAUUGUCAUAUGGGGUCGUCUACAAAAACCCUCGGCCUCCGUGUAUCUAUAUCAGUUAUCAUACAUUCUUGGGUGUAAUUGUCACACUAUAAUAUAUGAUGUAAUAACGUACAAUUUACCGUUUCUUUUGUAAAAAAAUUCAAAUGACAUGAAAUAAAUGACAAAAUAACAUGAGAUUUAGGUCG